AUGGAAGACGAUUGGGAUCUUCAGGCGGUGGUCAGAGGCUGCUCCACCGGCACAACCACCAGCAACAGAAGCACAGCCACCACCAACAGCAACAACAGCACAUGCUUCAAAAUCUCGAACUUCCAUUCAAGCCCUGCUUUUUCUUCUUCAUUUGGAACCGCUACUCUGCAGCCUGGCCUACAGCAACAACAAUUCCAAGUGCUUUUCUCUCUUCCAGAUCCCAUUAAACCCAGAAAUGCCAUAGAGGACUUGCAUGAGCUUUACAAGCCCUUCUUCCCCAAAUCUCAGCCUCCCCUCUCCUCACAAAUCACACCACCACCCAAUCUCUCUCCUUUGACUUCUCUCACUCCUCUGACUGCACCCAAAGAUCAAACACAUCCCAUUCAACAACAUCAACACCAAACCACUACCAGCAACAACAACAACAACAACAACAACAGCAACAGUCCAAGCCAUCAUCUCAUUCUGUUUCCUCCACCACCACCCCACGAUCCAAAAAAAGUUAUUUAUGCGUUUCUUUCCCAUUUCAGAAAGAACCAGCUUAAGAAAGUGUGCCAAGUACCAGCUGAGAGCCUCUCUGCAGACAUAUGGGCAUGGCGUAAAUAUGGCCAAAAACCAAUCAAGGGCUCCCCAUAUCCAAGGGGAUAUUACAGAUGCAGCAGCUCAAAGGGUUGUAUGGCCCGAAAACAAGUGGAGCGGAACAGAUCCGACCCGAAUAUGUUCAUAGUUACCUACACGGCCGAGCACAACCACCCGGCCCCAACUCACCGCAACUCGCUCGCCGGCUCCACCCGCCAGAAGCCCUUCUCGCCGCAAACCGUCACGGGCAGUGACUCUACCAAACCCACUUCUCCGGCAACCUCGGCGUCCGUCGACGAAGACCCUGUUGUACCUCAGAGUACAACCAUGGAAAGCUUCAAAGAAGAAAAGGGCAGUCCUAUGGUCGACGACGACGACGACGAGCUCUUUGGGAUGUGUGAUUCGGUCGUGAGCGACGAUUUCUUUGUGGGUUUGGAGGGUCUCGCCGGAGAUUACUUUUCCGAUCACUCUCCGACGAGCUUUGGCGUCCCCUGGGUUUCUAGUAAUGCUGCGACCGCCGCUGGCAGUAUCUGA